AAAAUGUGUGAUGUUGGUGAUGAGUUAAGACCCGUGUUUAGUGGCACACCAAAGGUGAAUCCUAAUUCCCCUCUGCUCAGUCUACACGUCCAACGAAAACUGAACCGUCAUACUCAUAUCUGCAUAUAAUAUCACAAACACAAACAGAAACACACACAAACAAAAACAUCCUUAUUUUCCUCCAAAUCUAACCACUACCUGUACGUCUAACAGAAACUCAGAAAGCUCAGAAGACCAAAACAGAAGGAAGAGAUGGCAGGAGAAUCAUUCGGCGAAGCAAUCGCAAAACUGACCAAGCUUCUCAGUGAAAAGGCUGAACUCGGCGACGUCGCCACCUUAAAGAUCUCGCAGCUGACGGCGGAGCUUGAGGCUGCCGGUGCGAAGCGCUGUGUCCCGGAGGAGAGGAUCAAAACGGGCUUCAUCACCUUUAGGAAUGAGAAAUUUUUGAGAAAUCCUGAUCUAUAUGCCGACCUUGCCAAAGGCCAAAGCCCAAAGUUUAUGGUAUUUGCCUGCUCGGACUCGAGAGUUUGUCCAUCCCAUAUUCUGGAUUUCCAACCCGGUGAAGCCUUUGUGGUCCGAAACAUUGCCAACAUGGUUCCACCGUAUGAUAAGACAAAGUAUUCAGGAGCUGGGGCAGCCAUUGAAUAUGCAGUCGAGCAUUUAAAGGUGGAGAAUAUUGUAGUUAUUGGACACAGUUGCUGUGGUGGUAUAAAGGGGCUCAUGUCUAUCCCAGAUGAUGGGACCACUGCAAGUGAAUUCAUAGAGCAAUGGGUCCAAAUAUGUACACCAGCAAGGUCCAAGAUUAAAACAGAAACAAGUGCAUUAAGCUUCGAAGAGCAGUGCACUAACUGUGAGAAGGAAGCUGUGAAUGUGUCACUGGGGAAUCUGUUAAGUUAUCCUUUUGUUAGAGCUGGUGUGGAGAACAAAUCUCUAGCUUUGAAAGGAGCACAUUAUGAUUUCGUUAAUGGCACUUUUGAACUCUGGGAUUUGAACUACAAGCUUUUGCCCUCUAUAUCUAUUUAAGAUUUUUCUUUUCAGCAGUGAGUCUAGAUUCUUUGCUGUUUUUUUUUCAGUGCUGUUCUUUUGCAGAAAAUAAAAAAUACGCUGAUAUUAAUAUAUAUUAAUUCUUUUUUAGUUUAUUUUAAAACAUCAAAAUAAGUGUAUUUUAAAGACUAAACAUAAGAACAGCACUGAAAAAUCCAGUAAAAAAUUCACUGCAAAGCUGCACUAUAUGUACACUUUUGCUGAGGGUUUCCAUUAGAAAAGAUUCAGACAUUCAGAAAGAAUAAUGGUCUGUGAGGUAGUAAUAGUAGUAACUAGUAAACUGAUUUUGAUUUCCACCAAAGUAUCAUUAUCAUCAUCUCUGUUAUGAAUAAUACAUUUGUUAUUUAUUUUCAUUUUGGCU